AUGGCUUUAGUAGCUGGGUUUACUCUUUUGGUAAUUGCUAUGGUGCUAUCCUUUUUACUUCAUCGUAAGAAAAGGAAAGCAAUUAUGUUGAGCACCUUGGUGAACUCUUUUUUGCAAGUCUCAUAUGCUAUGCUAUUAAAAGCAACUGACGGGUUUUCUUCCACUAAUUUGAUUGGUAAGGGUGGUUUUGGUUCUAUGUACAAAGAAAUUCUCGAUGGUGAUAGAGCUGUCACUGUAAAGGUGCUUAACAUGUUACACAAGGGAGCUUCAAAGAGUUUCAUUGUUGAAUGUGAAGCACUAAGAAAUAUCAGGCAUCGAAAUCCGGUCAAGAUUGUAACUGCAUGUUCAAGUGUUGAUUUUCGUGGAAAUGAUUUCAAAGCUCUAGUUUAUGAAUUCAUGGAAAAUGGGAGCUUAGAAGAGUGGUUGCAUCCAACCACUAGAAUUCAUGGUAAAACACCAAUAGUUCAUUGUGAUAUCAAACCAAGUAAUGUCCUUUUGGACAAAGACUUGACUGCACAUGUUUCCGACUUUGGACUGGCAAGGUUUCUCUCAAAAUUAACUGAUAAUGUUUAUGAAAAUCAAUCAAGCUCCAUUGCAAUAACGGGAUUGGUUGGUUAUGCUGCUCCGGAGUAUGGUAUGGGAAGUGAGGUGUCAACAUAUGGGGAUGUGUAUAGAUUCGGCAUUCUCUUGUUAGAAAUGUUUACUGGGAAGCGACCCACUGAUCCUAUGUUCAGUGACGGCUUGAAUCUUAAUAGCUUUGUGAAGAUGGCUCUACCUGAAAAUGUUAAGGAGAUUACGGAUUCACUACUUGAAGGAGGCAUCACCACUAUCGAUGAAGCUCGCGAUCAACCCAUCGCAAGUCCACUACAGAAGAUUGAAGAGUGCUUGAAGUUGAUAUUUGGAGUUGGAAUUGCAUGUUUUGUUCAAUCCCCAACAAACCGAAAGGAUAUAAGUGAUGUUUAUUGUAUUGUUGUUGUUUGUGUUAACUUCUAUGUUGAUGAUGUUUUGUGCUAUUGCGGCAUUAACAGUGACUUUGGAAUUAUCAGUGACUUUGCUAGUAACACGUUUAAUAUUGUUCUUCUAUUCAGGCAUUAA